GUUCUCCCCCAAAAAAAAAAAAAAUAUGACAUCUAAGGAAGAAGCCAAACCAUCUUCUGUGGAAGAGAGAAGGAGAAAUGCCUUGGACCACUUACCACCUCCUGCAAAUUCUAACAAACCACUGACUCCAUUCAGCAUUGAGGACAUCCUGAAUAAGCCCUCAGUCAGGAGAAGUUACACCAUCUGUGGGACAGCUCAUCUGCUGUCCACUUCGGAGAAGCCCCCUCCUGCAGGGUUACCUUUGUCCAGCAGAACACUUCUCUCCCAGACCUCACCUCUAUGUGCCCUGGAGGAACUAGCCAGCAAGACCUUCAAAGGUCUGGAAGUCAGUGUCCUGCAAGCUGCUGAAGGACGAGAUGGGAUGACAAUAUUCGGUCAGAGACAGACUCCAAAAAAGAGGAGAAAAUCCAGAACAGCUUUUACAAACCAUCAAAUCUAUGAGCUCGAAAAACGCUUUUUAUACCAGAAAUAUUUAUCCCCUGCGGAUAGAGACCAAAUCGCCCAGCAGUUGGGACUGACCAACGCUCAGGUCAUCACCUGGUUUCAAAACCGAAGAGCGAAGCUCAAAAGAGACCUAGAGGAGAUGAAAGCAGAUGUCGAGUCAGCCAAAAAAAUGAGCCCUACCUCAGUGGAAGCUGUGCUCACCAUCUCUGAACUUGAGGAGACAGAGUCUCUAGGUCUAGACGAACCUAAGGACAGGUCCAGGUCUCCCCAUCAUGGCCUGGGCAGCCACCUUCACAUGUCUCCUUCAUCUCCCUUCACAGAACAGCACACCAGCAAAGAGUGCUCAGAAGAUGAGGAGGACGUGGAAAUAGAUGUUGAUGACUAAUUUAUUAUUAUUAUAUUUUUUUUUUAAUGAAAAGACAUUGAACUAAAAGCAAGAAUGGACAGUAUUAAUGCUGCACUUGUGUCCUACCCUCAAAUCAUGAUUUACACCCAAGACAAUUUUUUUUUUCAAUUAAAGCAAUAAGUAAUAUUUAAAAAAAAAAAAAAAAAAAAGACUGAAAUGACUUCGGCUGCCCAAUCAGGUAGUUUCAUCUUUUAUUUGUAUUUUUGUUUAUUAUUAUUAUUAUUAUAAUGAUUAUUAUUUUUUGGAAUGGUGCAAUUGUGUAAGGCGUCUGUAAAAUAUAUAUUUAAGCAUAUUUUUUUAAGCUUUGAUUUUUAAUCUAAAUACAAUCUACAUAUCACCUAGCUUUGGGGAAAAAAAAUCACAAUCACUAUUUUGCAACAGAAAUAUUUUCAAUUUUAUUCUCCAGUAUCCGGCAUUAUUCUCUUGCAUGUAAAGAAAAAAAAAAAAACAAUAAAAAUGAAAAGUGCACGAUUUUUUUCCUUUGAUUUUAUUUUUGCUUGCUUUAUAAAUAGUAUUGUUCUCAUUUUUUUUUAUUCUUUUCACCACUUGACAUGUCUACAGCACUCUAUAUUUCCUUUGUCCAAUCAGACUUAAAAAAAAAUGUUUUUAUUAAAAUCAUUUCUACACGGCUCUGCCAUGACAGCACUUUUUUUUUUUUCACUUUUAUGCGACUGUGUGGUUUUUAAAAGAAAAUAAUUCUACCUUUCAUAAAUUAUUAUUAUUCAUACAAAGGAAGUCGAAAGACGUAUUUUUACUUGUUUCUAGGAGUUUGCAUGAUACGAUGAGAUGCAACCGAUGACAUACUGCAUACAAAGUUCUAUACAGAUUAAAUGUACAGGCAAA